AUGGUGCGGGCCGGGCGGGCGCGCUGCGGGCGCGGCGGGCGCUGCGGGCCGCGGGCGCGGGUGCUGUGCGCGGCGUUGGCGCUGGGCUGGGCGCUGGCGCUGCUGCUGCUGCUGCUCCGCGCGCCCCCGGGCGCUCCCUCCGGGCGCUGCACGGACGAGAAGAGCCGCCGCAUCCUGGCCGCGCUGUGCCGAGACUACCGGGGCGGCGCGCUGGCCGGGAGCCUGUGCGAGGACCUGUGCGUGGCCGGCCGCCUGCGCUACCAGAGCUGCCUGUACUGGGAGCGCGGCAAGACGGUGCUGCGGGCGGAGUGGCGCGGGCGGCCCGUGGUGCUCAAGGCCAAGGAGGCCGCCUUCUCCAGCUUCCCGCGCCCGCCCCCCGACGCCGAGCUGCCGCUGCUGCUGGCCGGGCAGCUGCGCAGCGCCCUGGGCCUGGAGCUGGCGCCCGGCGGGCUGGGCCCGCGGUGGGCGGCGGGGCGGCCGGGGCAGCGCGCCAGCCUGUGGGCGCUGUGCCAGCAGGAGGAGUUCCUGCUCCUGGGCCUGCUGCAGGCCCUCAGCCGCCACACGCUGCCCCUGCUCGGCUCCUGCGGCCACUUCUACGCCGUCGAGUACCUGCCAGCCGGCCGCGCGCAGCUCCAGGCCCUGUUCCCGCUGGCGGCGGCGGCCGGGAGCCACCGGGCGCGGGCCGUGGCCGUGGCCGGCAUGGCCCUCAGCUUCCUGGACAUGGUGAGCCACUUCGACAGGGACUUCGCCCACCGCCUCCACCUCUGCGACGUCAAGCCCGAGAACUUUGCCAUCCGGGCUGACCUGACGGUCGUGGCCAUCGAUGUGGACAUGGCCUUUUUCGAGCCGAAGAUGAGGGAGAUUCUGGAGCAGAACUGCACGGGCCACGAGGACUGCAACUUCUUCGACUGCUUCUCCGAGUGUGACCUGCGUGUGCACAGGUGUGGGGCGCAGCGGGCCAACAGCAACCUGCAGGUCGUCUGCGACAAGAUAUUCCGCCGCUGGUUCCCCUCCGUGCUCCGGGGCGCCGCCGUGUCCGAGCGGCGGCAGCAGCAGAUCCUCGAGGCGGUGCAGGAAUGUGCGGCCCCUGGGGCUCCGGCCGGCAGCCCCCAGAGCGCCGUGCCGGGUGUGUUCUGGAAGCUUCAGCGCCUCCUCCAGGCCACGCUCCAGGAACUGCAGGAGGAGCCCGAGUAGUCUUUCCCGAAGCCUCGGUGCUCCCAGGGCCGCGGGCCUCAGCCCAGUGCUUACCCAGCCGGUGGCCUUAGUCCCAGCUCUGCGGCAGAUGGUUCCACGAGAGACUCCCGGGCCCUUUGCCCGGAAGAGGGACAGUCAUGCUGCACCCUCCCCCUGGGCCGGGCUGCUCCGGACGGAAGUGCCACCCUCGCUGCUGGCUUGUCCCUCUGCCAAGUGACCUGUGGGGGGCACUGUCCAGGCACAGGCACCCCUGCGCCCAGCCCCCCCUUACCACAGUCACGUGUGUGUCUCCGGGUAGCUGUGUGUGUGGGAUUGUGCAUGUGUGUGGAGUAUGCACACAUGUAGGAGUGUGACACGUGUGGGGUAUGUGGGACUGUGCACAUGUAUAGGAUCAUAUACACAUGUGAAAAAUGCAGACAUGUGGGAAUGUAAACACAUGUGUGGAAUCAUGCAUACAUGCGGGAGUGUGAGGACAUUGAGAUCAUACACACAUGGGAUCAUACAUGCAUGUGUGAACAUGUAUGUGGGAUCAUACACACGUGUGGGAUCGAUCAUGUACACGUGUGGAAUAAUGCAUGUGUGCUGGAUUGUGAGCAUGUGUGGGGUCAAGCACACAUGUGUGUGGGAGUGUGGACAUGUGUGGGAUCAUGCACAUGUGUGCAGGAGUAUGAAUGCUUGUGUGGGAUUAUGCACACACUUGUGCGGGAAUGUGAACACGUGGGACCAGCACACAUGUGUGCAGGACUGUGGCCAUGUGUGGGAUCAUGCACAUAUGUGCAGAAGUGUGAACACAUGUGGGAUCAUGCACACAUAUGUGGGGGUAUGAACACGUGUGGGUUUAUACAGAUGUGUGCAGGAAUGUGAACAUGUGAGGGAUCAUGCACACAUGUGUGGGAGCGUGAACACGUGGGAUUAUACACAUGUGUAAAGGAGUGUGAACACGUGUGGAAUCAGGCACACGUGUGUGAGUCUGUGCCCUUCUCUCCCUUGGAAGCAAUAAAGCAGGGGCCGCCUUUCUGUGGCCGGGAGCGUGUGUUGGGACACGCUCUGCACAUGGAGGAAUCCUCA